AUGGGCCUUGCCGCCGAGUUGUGUGCAGUCAUCACCACUUCGCGGGCGCCAAAACAUUCCCGAUCCCGAACCACAAUCUUCCUGAGAGUCCUGCGAACGAGCCAGGGCUGUUUUGGGAUCGCAAAGGCCCAUCGGAAGGACAAGUCUGGACAUCAACUAAGCAACAUGGACCCAUUCUCGCGGUCUCUGAAGCCACCUCGGGCGGGUGAAGAGGAUUGUCUGGAUGACCACACCACCCUCGAGUGCGAUUCGAGCUCCAAUGACAAACACCAGGGUUUUCUCGGGACCGAUUUGUUCAAACUACAUGCCUUUUCUAAUUUCAAAUUUGUCUGGUAG